CCAUCAAAGUCUGACUUCUUUUUGAGCAUAAUUACAACUCGUAAUCCAUAGCGUUUGGACUAAUAACACACUGUAUUUUCACAUCCAGGUCAUCAAGAUGAAGAGAGUUCACUUUGUUGCCCAUGGCGGGGCAGUCCAGGGAGUCGGAUUCCGCUUCUUCACACAGAAACGAGCAAACGAGCAAGGCAUCACGGGCUGGGUAAAGAAUAUCCCAAACAACAAGGUAGAAGGUGAAGCCCAAGGGGACGAGCAAACACUGGAUGCGUUUCUCAAGGACGUCGACAAGGGACCCAAAGGUGCACACGUCGUGAAGCUUGACAAGGAGGAUCGCGACGUGGUCCAGGGCGAGACUGGCUUUGAGGUCCACCGUUGAGACCAGCAUCAGGCGUUACCAAAAGAUGCCAACGUCGGUGUGGAGUCUGGUACGAACAAGAGUUGAUGGCUCAGCAUUUUGAUUCGUGUUUCUAGAUUCUCUAGCUUUAAUGAUCAAGCCGAACAGCCGCCGUCUAGUCUAGUAGUAGUGAAACAAAAAGACCAGAAUACCACCCCAGUGAACCGG